AUGAUUGGUAUUGAUCCUUCACUUGCCAAUGCAUUUCAAAGAAUCCUUAUAGCAGGGGUACCAACAAUGGCUAUUGAAAGAGUUUACAUUGCAAACAAUACAUCACUUAUACAAGAUGAAGUUCAAUCCCAUAGAUUAGGCCUCAUACCAAUCAGUGCUGAUCCCAGGCUAUUUGAAUAUCUAGAUAAUGCUGGGGAUGAUAGGAAUAAAAAGAAUACCAUUGUCUUCAAAUUACAUGUUGCUUGCCAUAAAGGACAGCCACAACGGAGGUGUUUGUCAAGCACGCGUUCAUGGGUUGAGGAAGGUGAUGAGUAUGCCAAACCAAGUGCAAGUUCAAAACCAAAGACAUUUACAUCUUUUACUUGUAGUCAAGAAUCGAUUCCAGAAAUUUUGAGCAAUCCAAUUGGUCCUAAAUAUUUGGAUAUUAUAUUAGCUCAACUUGGACCUGGUCAGGAAAUUGAACUUGAAGCUCAUGCAGUUAAAGGUGUUGGUAGAACACAUGCAAAAUGGUCACCAGUUUCCACUGCUUGGUAUCGGAUGCUUCCGGAGGUUGUCCUCUUGGAGAACAUUGAGGAUGAUUUGGCUAUCAAACUACAAGAAAAAUGUCCAGUUGGAUUAUUUGACAUUGAAGAUAUUGGGGAAGGUAUUUUUGCAAAAAAAGGGGCCACGGUAGCCAGACCACGGGAUUGCACUCUGUGUAGGGAAUGCAUUAGAGAGGGAAAAGAAUGGAAAGAUCGUAUAUCGUUACGUCGUGUUAAAGAUCACUUCAUUUUUACUAUUGAAUCAACUGGAGUAUUGUCCCCUGAAGUGCUAUUCACUGAAGCUGUGAAGAUUCUGGAAGACAAGUGUUAACGAGUAAUUACUGAGCUCUCUUGAUUUUCUGUGUGGUAUCUUGCAACGAAAGUAAUGGUGAAAAUGUA